AGGCAGGCGGCCUCGGACGUUCGUGAAGAGGCAAGGAUGAAGACCUGCGAGCGGUGGCUCUCGUAUCUCCUCACCGAGGAUGCGGCGCGGGCUCACCGUGGUGUGAGAGCUGUUCUUCCUAAUUGGGAGGCUUGGAGGGACCGUGGCGGGCUCCCGCUGACCUUCAGGAUGAUGCAGGUGCUCACCGAACAUGAAGCGUUUGGGGAGUACCUGCUAAGGAUUCGGCGAGAGGUGACUGACACUUGUCACCAGUGUCAGGAAGAGCAGGACACGGCGCAACACACGUUGGAAUUCUGUCCAGCGUGGGCAGAUCCGCGCCGUGUACUGCAGCUCGCCAUUUGUGAGAGUUUUGCCCCCUCGGCGAUCGUCCACGCUAUGCUGAGGGGGCAGCGGGAGUACCUCGCUUUCCGCUCCUUCUGCGAGCAAGUCAUGCUCGCGAAGGAGUUGGCGGAGAGAGUCAGGGAGUGAUAGCGUCACUCAUCCAGAGUCCUGCAUCGCGGAGCUUCGAUCGGUAGCUGCCGAAGAGCUGCGACUCCGCCGCCGCCCUAGGUCGUCAUAGGGGUCAUCACGCCGAAGGAGUUUCUGGACCUUCUUGGACUUGCACGACGGCCCGUAGUCCGUGGCGUUAGGAGGCGUGGUCCCUCCUGGCGGCCAAAUUGACAGGAAAGGCUCUCCAGAAUACCCGGGGAGUAGACGGAGUGCCCCGGCAGUAAUUCGAAAGAGGCCCCGGGACACUCCUGCCAAACGUCAGAAUGGCCACCGUGGGUUUUAGUCAAUUUGAGUCCGACACUACCCCGUCGCUUCCCGGAGGGCGGCGGGGUGUCCGCGAGGAUUUCCCCACGUACAAAAAAAAGUAUUUAACUUGCCUUGUUUGUGUUAUGUGCGUGCCAUUUAAUUGGAUAUUUGGUGGAUUCCGUUUUCGUAGAGUAAAUGUAAUAUGAUUGCAUUUACUGGGGUUUGCUUUUAUUUGUUUAUCUUGUAGCCAUUUUUCUAUUUUUGUGAUAUGCUCUUGUAGUAAUGUGACUGUUGUUUCUGCGUUAGUGUGCCUGACUAGUACUAGUACGACUAGUGCCGUGUCGUCCACGAAUGUCAGUAUUUUGCUGUUGGUAGUUGUUGGUAUGUCGACCGUGUAUAGUGUGUAUAGUGUGUGUGUUCUCUGAUCAUUUACUGUACGUACCAUACGUAUCAACGAAAAGAGUGAAGGUUCUAUUAAAUCUAUGAUACCUUCUGAACGAAUACUAUAGAUUAUUUUCUUUAAAGACAUAUAUGUUUAUUUAUAUAUAUUGAGGUUUUCUACAGCUGAAGGCACGUACCGAAGCUUUUAGAAUUUCCAAUUACAUUUUAAUAAUUAAAUAGAAUUCACAUUCACAUUUACUAAGCCAAACGUUUUUCCACGUUUAAGUGAAAAGUCACGACCUUAACUUUAAUUUCUUCAUUAUUAACAAACGUUAAAUAUCGUCACAAAUAUUUCGCUUGUAAAAAUCAAUAAUAACGUUCUGUAUCGAACUUCUUUGGACUAGGGAAAUACUUGGUAUCGUGUGGUAUAUAACCGAUGAAGAAGAUCUCGAAAUUACCACAACUGGCAUAAAGAAAAUUAUUAUACUAGCAUACUUUAACAUUUUAACAACCAUUUUAAUAAUCGGCACCGUGAAUUGAGAGAACCGUGAAAACGAAAUAGAGAAAGGGCCUCGAUGUUUGUAAGAAUGUGAAUUUCAUCGUAAUAUGCAAUAACUAUGGCACCCGAAUGCGAUUUUGAAUAAAGAAAAAAUACAUUGUAAUUACAUUUCAGAUAAGCAUAAUUCAAUAUAUCAGUUAUUACAAAAAAAUUAAGCUAUAUAUGAGAACAGAACCGGAUUCGCUUGCUUGCUUCGAAGCUUUAAAGUGCGCAGGGAUAUGAAAUCAUCAGGCGAAAACUUGCGAGACUCGCUUUCUCAAUAAUAUAAAAGUUGUAUUGUUGCAUUGUUGCUUCAUCGAUAUCUGAUCUCAGAUCGAGUAAUAUUGCUUGCCACUAUCUCUGUGGUCAGUAGUAGACGUUCAGUAAAGAAAAGCUAUGUAAUUGUUUUAUUGUAAAUCCUAAGAUAUCAUCGAAAUGCUGAAAUAUCCCUAUUAUGAGCAUAUUUUAAUUGAAAAAAUAGCUGAACUUUGUCUCCAGGCACAAUUCUUUCUCAAUUAUUAUUGCGUCUUUUGACAAUACAGGAAACAUUUGAUAAUUGCACAAAAAUCGGGAUCCAUGUAUUGCAAUAAUGGAAAUGUAGAAACGAUUCUAUUUCUCGAAGACGCGUCGAACGUAGAAAAGAACAAUGCGAGUGAAAGAGAAGGAUAGACUGAGAAUCGAAGCGAUCAAAUAUUAAAUAUAUUAAACACACAACAAAUAUUAAAGACCCGCGAUAAGCUGAGACCUUUAACUCAAAAUUCAAACUUUCUUAUUUUUGCUUCGUGAUCAUUGAAACAUUUACCAACAUAUUUCUUACAUUUUUGUAAUUAAAAUAACACAAAACACGAUAUAAUUUGGAGCAUAUUUGCUUACUUAUUUUAGUCAAAAAGAUCUCACAAAUAGGUUAGUAAAAGUUUAAUCUUAAAAAGAUCAAAAAUAAAAAGUUUCAUUUUUAAAUUAGUACCUAGAUACAUUGUCUCGGCGAUAUCUGACAUAUCUGACAUACCACUCGAUCGCGGUAGACUAUCGAGUUUCUUGGUGCAUUACGGGAACCUCCGUAGUAAGGAAGAGUGCACGAGUAUACAAUUAUGCAAAGGAACUUUUUGUACAAUUAUCGAAUGUUUCCUGAAUUCGAUAAAUGAAGGAGAGAUAUAACGAUUUUGAGUCUAGGAAUUACGAUUUGAAAUCCAAGAAUUCGUUGCACUGGUUCAAAAUCUGCACGUUAUUAAAGUUUGAUAUUUUUUUAUUAAAUUAUCUGGGUUAUUCCACAUGACUCUGUUUUUCUUAUACGUUGUUCGUCUUUCUUGGUACUAUGAGUGUAACUGAAUAUUAUGGAGAUAGAAAAAUAAAAGUAAUAUUAGUUGCGCCACGUAUAUAACCAUUAUUCAAAAUGUUAUUUGACAAAUCGAUUUAUAUAUUGAUGAUAAAGCGAUAUUACGUUAUUCUGAACACAAUAUGUGUUUAAAUAAAUAAUAAAAUUUACUGUUUAAAUGGCUGUCACGUUAAAGUAAACUAUGUAGUAGUCUAAAAGUACCAAACUUUAAAAACGCAAGACUUUUGAACCAAUGGAUUCCUAAAUUGGAAACUUCUAUAUGUCGUCUCUAUUCUUCUCUAUUAAUGAGAGCUAUCAGAAAAUGCUAAAAAAGCAUUAUAACAUUUUACAACAACAAAUGACCUUAUAUGCAAGGUCGCUUAAUUCAUCUCAACAAGCAUCAUCGUACUAAAGAAAAAGAAUGUAUGAUUUUAUGCGACGAUGAAAAAUAUUCAUGCCAGUACAAUUAACACGCCAAAUGCGAAGGAUUAAUGUUAAAUUUAAAUGGUGUAUUAAAAUUAUUGCAUCAUUCCACUAAUCCAUAAUCGUUUGAAAGGGAAAUCGUUUCUUAGGCAACUUACAAUGUUUUAUUGUUGCGCGAUUUUGUCAUUCUCAUACUUUUCCAUAGAACCGUACAAUUAAAUAGGUUCUUGUAGCGUGGAACUUAAUAGAUUCUUGUCUAUUCUAGUGUGUAACCAAACAGGACAGAUCCCUGACUUUAAGCUUAGAUGUAUAGGUUCUUGUAUAUGCUAAUCUUAGUUAAAUUCAGCAUUUGGUCAUAUGGUGCAGCACUAGUCCGGGAACAACCAGGUCCAUAAACGCAAUUCGAGAAGCAUUGUAGACAAUGUCAAAUUUAACAAUGAACCACUGGAAGAAUCUAAAAUAAAUCAAAAGAAAAGAAAACGACAGGAAAAAGCAGAAAACAAACAAUUAGCUGAAGAAGAUUAUGAUCAACAAAUUCAAGAACAACAAUAUAAACGAUUAAUGCAUUUGUUAAGUAGAAGUAAAUUUUAUGCUUCAUUUAUUGUUAGUAAAAUUGACAAAAGUUUGGAGAAAAAUGCUAGUAAACCUAACAAAUCCACAAAAAGGGAUGGAAAGAAAAUAGAGUAUGCAAAUGAAAACAUAGCGCCACAUGACAAAGGAAAAAAAAGAAAUAAUAAUACACAAAAAUAUAUAUCUAAAGAUGUACAAAAGAAAAUACAUAUGAAUAAAAACAAGUUGAAUUUAAGUGAAGAUGAAAUUGAAAAUGAAUUAAAAAAUGAUUUUAAGGGUGAAACAGAGAAUAGCAACAAUGUUAUUAUUGAAACACCAAAAUAUUUUAAAGGAGAGUUACGAAACUAUCAGAAGGAAGGACUCCAAUGGCUAAAAGUUCUUUAUGAAAACGGUAUAAAUGGAAUUUUAGCUGAUGAAAUGGGACUUGGGAAAACAGUUCAAGUCAUAGCCUUACUGUGUCAUCUCAUUGAAAAACGGCAAGAUGGACCGUAUUUAUUAGUUGCUCCUCUCUCUACUCUACCAAAUUGGAUGUUAGAAUUUGAAAAAUUUGCACCAAACUUGCCCAUUGUGUUAUUUCAUGGAACACCAGAGGAAAAAUUAAUACUAAGGAGCAAAAUUAAACAUAAAUAUAAGAUUACAGAAACUUAUAGUACAUUCCCAAUUGUACUUACAUCCUUCGAAGUGCCAUUACUUGAAAGCAGUUUUAUUAAAUCUUUGAGCUGGAGAUAUAUAAUCAUAGAUGAAGGACACAGAAUUAAAAAUCAUGAAUGUCAACUUAUAAAGAUUUUAAGGGCUUGUAAAUCCAUGAACAGACUUUUGUUAACAGGCACACCACUACAAAAUAAUUUAGCAGAACUGUGGUCAUUGUUAAAUUUUUUGUUACCAGAAAUUUUUGAUGAUUUAGCUGUUUUUGAAUCAUGGUUUGAUGCAAAAAAACAUCAGGGUGAUGAGGGAGCAAAAAAAUUCUUAAAGUUAGAAGAAGAAAAACGAGUACUAUCAUCAUUACGUGAGAUAUUACAACCAUUUCUGUUAAGACGUGAAAAGAGUGAGGUUUGUUUGGACAUACCGCCAAAAAAGGAAUUAGUUGUUUACGCCCCUUUAACAGAAUUACAGCAUAAUUUAUAUAAAGCAGUAUUAAAUCAUGAUAUAGAUCAAUUAAGUAAGAUUGAAGAAGAACCAAUUACAUACACGGAAGAUGGUAAAAGACCAAAAAGAAAGUGUGCUUUAAGAAAUAUGAAUAAUAUUAUGAGUACAUAUCUUGAUAAUGACGUCUCAUCAAAUAGUUCACUUCAACAAAUUGAUGAUAGCAGAGACAGUGAAACUUGGAUAAAUGUAAAAUCUGGAAAUGAAGAAAAUUUAUUAAUGUGGAAAAAAUAUACUGAUGUUACAGAGCGUAAUAGAGACUUCUUAAUUAAUGUUCAGACUAGACAUAUUAGUUUGUACAAAAAGAUUGUAAAUCACCCAUAUUUAAUACAUUGCCCAUUAGGUCCAGAUUUCUUGCCACAAAUAAAUGAAGAAUUAGUUAGAUCAUCUGGUAAACUUUUAGUAUUAGAUGCAAUGCUUGCAAGACUUAAAAAGCAUGGGCACAAAGUUUUAUUAUUUUCCACCAUGACAAUGUUAUUGGAUGUUAUAGAAGAUUAUCUUUCAUUACGUGAUUACAAAUAUGUCAGAUUAGAUGGCUCUACUAAGCUUGUGGAUCGAAAGGAAAAUAUUCACAAUUUCAAUACAAAUCCUGAAAUAUUUCUAUUUCUUAUAUCUACAAGAGCAGGUGGCAUUGGAUUAAAUCUUGUUGGGGCAGAUACUGUUAUCAUAUAUGAUUGUGAUUGGAAUCCUCAAGCAGAUAUACAAGCUAUGGCACGUUGCCAUAGAAUAGGUCAAACACGUCCAGUAGUAAUAUAUAAAUUAUGUACCAAAGGAACUAUUGAUGAAGCAAUUAUUAAUCGCGCUGAUGCAAAACGUCUUCUAGAGAAAGUAGUAAUCUCCAAACACAUUCAAUCAAUAAAUGUGAAUAACAAAGCAGAUUUACUGAAGUUACAAAAACUUUUAGGAUCAAAAGAAUGUCAAAUAGUUGCAUCUGAAAAUGAAGUCUUUACGGAAGAAGAACUUAACAACCUAUUAGAUAGGAGUGACUUAUACAAAAAACAAGGAGAAACUUAAAUGCCUCAACUUCUUCCUUGAAAUGGAUAAUACAGUAUAAAUAUAUAAGUUUGUUUUAGUUUCAUAUUAUU